AUGGAUCUUGGUAUUCCUAUAAACUCUACGGUGGAGAAAGCUAUUCAGAUGUAUCGAGCGAGAAGGCAUCGUGUUCACCCUCUUAGGCAGGUUGAUCGCGAGAUUAUGGCUCUCAAAAAUAAAGGUCUCAACCAGCUAGAUGAUAUAUGCCUUUGGAAGAGGGAGAAUGGGGAGUUUAAAACAUAUUUCAGAACAUCUCAUACUUGGAAUCUUGUAAGAAGCUCAUCUCCAAAGGUGUCUUGGGUAAAAGGAGUGUGGUUCACUGAAGCUACCCCGCGAUUUUCUUUCUUAGUUUGGCUUGCUAUUCAUGAUAGACUAGCAACAGGAGAUAGGAUUCUUAGGUGGAAUCCACAAGCCGUUUCUACAUGCUGGUUGUGUAACACGGAAGUUGAGACUCGUGAUCACCUAUUUUUUGAGUACUCUUUUUCCAAGGAAGUCUGGAUUGGAACCAUUAAACAAUUGGACGUGGCUUAUGCGUUAUGGCAUGAGAGGGAUGUGAGAAGAGUGGGAGAGGCAUCGCAGCCAGCUACCUGUCUGAUCGCAAGGCUUGAUAAGCUCAUUAGAAACAGAAUAUCUUCAUUGAGAAGGAGGGUAGGAGGUAAAUAUGAGAAGAUGAUGGAAGAUUGGUUUAACAGAGGCUAG